GCUGCUGCUUGCAGCGUGCGCGCUCCGGUUGGGCUCGAUCCCGCCUCCGCUGAGGUGGCUGAGGGGAGCUGGAGGAGGAGGAGGCGGCUGCCGCUGCUGUUGGAGGAUGGGGGAGGCGGUCGUGUCUGCGACGCUGGUGGGCCUCUCGCUGGUCCUCGGCGCCGUCGUUUUGUGGGGGCUGCUGUUCUUUCUGACGCGGUGGACGAAGGCCGCGCCGAGCAAGGAGGACGUGGCAAAACUGAGCGGGACGCCCGAGGAUCAAAAUGUAAAUGGUGAUGCAGCCAGCAAAACAGGCCUGAAAAAGCCCAAACAACAACGAAUUCGAAAAGAGAAGCCCCAACAGCAUACUUUCACACACCCACUUCUGGCUUCAGCCCUCAAGGGGCACAGUGGAAAUGUCACUUGCCUGGACUUUAGCAAUAAUGGGAAGUAUUUGGCAUCCUGUUCUGAUGACCGUACAGUGCGUAUAUGGAGUACCAAAGACAUUUUGGAGAGAGAGCAUCGCUGCAUGCGGGUUAAUGUGGAACUGGACCAUGCUACCCUGGUCCGCUUCUUCCCGGACUCCAGAGCUUUCAUUGUUUGGUUGGCAUAUGGAGACACCCUCAGAGUUUUUAAAAUGAUAAAGAAAGAGGAUGGCACUUUUACAUACAUUGCAAUCCCAGAAGAAUUUCCAAAGCAGCACAAGGCUCCUAUUAUCAAUAUUGGGGUUGCUGAUACAGGGAAGUAUAUCAUGAGUGCCUCCAGUGAUACCACCAUCCUGAUCUGGGACAUGAAGGGGGAAAUUCUGGAUAGCAUCAAUACCAACCAGAUGAACAACACCUUUGCAACUGUGUCACCAUGUGGGAGGUUUGUUGGUUCAUGUGGAUUCACUCCUGAUGUAAAGGUGUGGGAAGUGUGUUUCAACAAGAGUGGAGAUUUCCGGGAAGUGAUCAGAGCCUUUGAACUGAAGGGGCAUAAAGCUGGCGUGUAUUCCUUCGCUUUUUCCAAUGACUCUCGGCGGAUGGCAACAGUUUCAAAGGAUGGCACUUGGAAGUUCUGGGACACAGAUGUUGAAUACAAGAAGCAACAGGAUCCUUACCUAUUGCUGACAGGCAGUUGCAAGGUAACAGAGCCCUGCCGCAUUGCUCUGGCUCCUGAUGCGCGGGCAGUGGCCAUUUCUAGCAGCACCAGCAUUUUUGUUUAUAACACCCAACGAGGAGAGGAGGAAGAGUGCUUUGAAGGUGCUCAUGGAGAGCACAUAACAGACUUAGCCUUUGACGUGAACAGUCGCUUCCUGAUUUCCUGUGGGGACCGAGCUAUCCGUGUCUUCCACAACACAACUGGGUAUAGGGCUGUGGUGGAAGAAAUGAAGACGCUGCUGAAAAAGGCCUCUAAUGAGUCUACUAAGCAGAGACUGCAGCAACAAAUAACAGAUGCACAGAGUGCGUUGGAUAGUAUCUAUGGCAAGAAGAAGUGAAUUGCUCCAAGAAGCAUGUUUUCUGUGCAAAUUUGGGGCUAGUUUUUUUUAAAAAAAUAUGCAGAAUGAGAACUAAUAAAACAAUUUUUGCACA